GUUUGGCGGCACAUUUGGACUCUAGGCCGACAUCAGUUUACAGUAUAUAAAGAACUUGUGGGUUAGGCCGAGCCAUCAGUAGUAAUUUUAGGUCUCGCUCUACGCUAAUGUAGAGCUUUUUUGUCGUUCGUUUCGAGUCACGACCAAGAGUGGGUCCUUUGCCGGGGAGUUUAAUCCUUAUUUCUUUUUUCGAAUUUUCGUCCUGGUUCGUGUGCGCGUGUACAGUGCGUGACGCCAAAUUUCGGCAGUAAAUUUUGUGAAUCCGUACGGUUAAAAACUUCGAAAUGAAGCUUUUUGCUGCAAUCUUGAUUGUGGCUUUUGCAGCACCAAGCCUCUGUAACCCCGCUCCAGAUUGCCCUCCCGGUGGACAUGGAUAUUCAUAUCCCGCUCCAGAAGUGCAGUUGUCUGUUGGCAAAGCUAUCAAUGCCGUCAGUGUCACGCCUGGAUUUUCGUCAUACUCCGUAGAUGGUGCAGUCAAGUACGCAUCAGUUGGACCUUCGUACAGUUCGUACGAGGCAUCCCCAGCCUACAGCGCUUAUGGAACUGAUGCUGGUCUAAAAGUGUCCAGCUACGUACCAGCCGUUAAAACUGUGUCCGCCACCCCCGGCGUUGUGUAUUCCGACAAAUCACCAGCACUCUCCCUCGGAACGAUCAUCCCUGCUGCCGUAACGAAGGUUGCAGCCGCACCAGCUUACGUAUCGAAAGAGUACCUUCCAGCAGCUAAGACUGUCAUUUCGGCUGCUCCAGCAUACUCAUCAUACGUAUCUUCCCCUGCUUAUUCUUCGUACGCUGCCACUCCAGCUGUAUCGUCUUAUGUCUCGACCCCAGGAUUCAGCAAAGUAGUCAGCGCUCCAGCCUACGGUUAUGCAGCAGCUGCUCCAAUUGCCAAGGUUGCAUCGUAUGCCGCUCCAGUCGCCAAGGUUGCUUAUGCUGCUCCUGCCUCGUACGCGUCAUCUUAUGCCACCACAUCAAAGCUGGCUUAUGCCGCUCCAGUUGCUAAAGUUGCCAGUUAUGCUGCCCCUGCUGUCGGUUAUGCUGCACCAGUCGCAAAAUAUGCUUCCGUAGCUGCACCAGUGAGCUACGCUGCUUACGCUCCAGCUACCAAAGUUGCAUAUGCUGCUCCAGCCACUUAUGCUUCUUAUGCCCCAGUGUCUAAGGUUACUUAUUCAGCUCCUGCUUCGUAUGCGUCUUCCUAUGCCACUACAUCUAAGUUGGCGUAUGCCGCGCCAGUUGCUAAAGUUGCUACCUAUGCUGCCCCUGCUGUGACAUAUGCUGCCACUGCCCCAGCUGUAACCAAAUAUGUGUCAGGUCCCGCUGUUUCCUCGUACUAUUCCACACCUGCCGUGGCCAAAUACGCCGCUACACCAGCUGUCUCGGCUGCUUACUACUCUGCCCCAGCUGUUUCCAAAGUAGCAACUUAUGCUGCUCCAGCUAUCACGAAAUAUGCCCCGUAUUCGUCCCAUUCAUACGCUCCAGCUGUUUCUUCGGCCUAUGUGUCGCAACCCGUUGUGUCAAAGGUAGCUUACGCGGCACCUGCUGUCGCGAAAUACGUGUCGUCUCCAGCAUAUUCUGCUUACUCUGCUACCCCUGCUGUCUCGUCUUACUACUCGACUCCCGCUGUUUCCAAAGUAGUAAGCUCUCCCGCUUAUGCCUCCUAUGUCUCAGCCCCCGCUGUGGCUAAGGUUGUAUCAACACCAGCCUAUGCUUCUUAUGUGUCAGCUCCAGCUGUUGCUAAGGUAGCUGCUAUCCCAGCCGUUUCUGCUUCGUAUGUUGCCCCAGCCCAUUCGGCUUCAUAUGUUUCCCCAGCCAUUUCUUCUGCUUAUGUUACUCCGGCUAUUGCUAAGACUUCAUACGUUGCCCCUGCUGUUUCUACCGCAUACGUUGCUCCAGCUGUUGCUAAAGUUGCUGCUGUACCUGCCUAUUCAUCCGCCUACGUCGCACCAGCCAUUACGAAGUACGCCUCAGCACCAGCUGUUUCAUCUGCCUACGUGUCGGCACCAUCUAUUGCCAAAUACGCUACUGGUCCAGCCUAUUCAUCUUACAGCGCCGGUCCAGCCUACUCUUCCUACAGUGCCGGUCCAGCUUAUUCCUCCUACAGCGCGGGCCCAGCCGUCUCCGCUUACAGCACCGGAGCUGCCUUCUCUAAAUUGGUUUCUGGCCCUGCUUACUCAGGCUACCAAGUGACCCCCGCCGUAUCUAAGGUUAUUUCUACGCCAGCCGUUGCCGCCUACAGCCACGCCCCAGCAUACUCUGGAUAUGCUGUCAGUCCUGCCAUUACCAAGUAUGCUGCUGCCCCAGCCGUUGCAACCUAUGCCUCUUCGGGUGCUGCCCAUGGUUACUACUCAGCCCCUGCUAUCUCUGCCGGUCAUUAUGGUGGAUAUCGGUAUGCUGCCGCCGUCCCAGCCAUCACUACCAGCUAUGCUGCUGCCCCAGCUGCCACCAUCGUGAAAUCUGCUGUCCCAGCCACCAUCGUUAAGACUGUCGCUGAAAAACAUCUCGAAUACUACGAUGAUCAUCCACGAUAUGCCUUCGAAUACGGUGUGAACGAUCCAUUGACCGGAGACAACAAGCAUCAGAAGGAAGAACGCGAUGGUGACGUCGUGCGAGGGCAAUACUCGCUUGUCGAACCUGAUGGCAAUGUGCGUACCGUUGACUACUACGCCGAUUGGGCUACCGGUUUCCACGCUACCGUUACCAACAGUCGGGACCAGGUCCACGCUACCAAGAUCCUGGGCAAGCGAGCCGUUAGCAAAGCGUAAAACGCUUACCCUUCUACGGCUCCGACGAAAUUUUGUAUAAAAGUGUUUUGUUAGUUAUUAGAUGAUAAGUAACGAAAUGUAACGAAACAAAUUAUUUAUUGAUCGACAAAACAAGAAAAGAGAACAAAUGUAGAAAAUUCUUCCAAAAUAUAAAAAAACAGCACCAUUUACCUUGCCAGGCAAGCUAUGUUUGUUUCAUCUAUCCUUAUUAUUAUUCUAUUAAUAAUUGUACAUACUAAUCAUCGUAGCAAAAACCUCACCCAAAACGUGUGAAAAUUCAUUCCCUUUUGCAGACAUUCCCCUCUCCAUAGACUUAUUUCUUUCAGUUUUUGUUUAUUUUGUUUCUUUUAUUUUAUUGAAAUAAUGCCAGCUACGAAUAACGGAACAGCAAGUAUUUUGUUUCACAAAAUAAAAAACAUGAUUUCAAUGUGAUAAACGUGUCAUAAAGUACAGUUUGUAUUUGUCAAUUGUAUGAAAAAACAAUAAAAAUUGUAAAAUUGUAA